AUGGUCGGCUUUUGGCUGACAGUACUGUUUUCUGUGUUAUUAACUGAUUUUGCGUUUGCUACUGUCCCAUUUUAUCGGACUUUGCUAUAUGGAGAAAAGCUCAAGGGAUUUCUUACGGUUGGUUUUUUUCUCGAGUGUAUCACGAGAAUUUUUUUCACUCAUUGUCCAGUCUGUUUGAAGCAAGUUUGUAGUGGUUUUUAAAUUUGAGACACAUGUAUCCAAAACGGAUGAGCUUCCUAGGAUGUUUCCGAAGUUAUCAGAAUGAAAUAUUAGCUUUGGCUAAGGUUUUUUUUUUUCAAAUAAUACUUUAUUUGCCGCUAGCCUGAAAAAAAUACUGCCAAAAAUUAUGCACUGGCUCCUAUUCAAAAAUGUUUUUUUCUGCUAUGGGAUAUGAACUUUGUCAGAGGAAAGUUGUAAGGUGCGUAUCAUGUACCGCUCAACGGAACCAGGAACUGAUUUUUCGACUUUUCUUUUCACUUGGCCAAUGGAAGUUUUGUAGUUUUUGCGGCCGGCAAUUUUUCUGCAUGCAAUGACUUUUUUUACCGUCCUCAGGCGAUUAACAUCAAUGACAACCGCGAAAUUUCACAUUGGCAACAUGGGGAACUUCCGUUAAGCGAUUUGGUUCAUUCUGAUAAGAAAAAUGGGCAAUAGACGAGACAUGGUGGAGUUUCACAGAUUUGGAACGCCGGACAAUAAGACAGAUCGUCGUGAUAGAAGUUCUCCGUUUUCACAGAUUAAACAGUGUAAUCUUGAGUUUUCACCCAUGUUUCGAUGAAUUCAACGAACGUUUGAAACUUGAAUUAGGAAGAAGGGACAUAAUUUGUUUAACGCUAGCUGAGGCCAAAAAAACUAUGGGAACUUCUGAACCUCUUUUUCCUUCAAUGAGUUCUUUUUUGUCCGCAAGUGCUAACUGCACUUAAUAAAGUUCUUCGUUUGAUCGAAAAUACUGUUUUUCAACCUUUCACUGAUUUUUUUUCGAUCUGGUUACGUCGGUUAGAUUCGAAAACAUAAUGACAGCGGGGUGCUUUUUUGCGCUAUGGUUCGAGGCAAAUCCCGUUGAUCAACGACCGUGAAAACCGAUUUAGAAGAAAAUUGGACGGAUUUGAUGUAGGAACCGUCCGGGUGGAUUUGAUUCAAUGGGAUUUGGCCUGUCUAAUGUCGUCUAAUUCGUUUCUUGACGCUUUAAGUUCUCAGAUUGCGCCCGUAAAUUGUGAUUGGCAUCAUAUUAGUGAUCAAAAAAAGUUCGUUGGAAGGUUACGGUGUGAAGACGUUGAUAAAAGUGAUCUUUAUUCUAAAAAAUAUUUUUUGAGAGCUUUUUAUAAAGUCACACUACUAGCUUAUGAUCAACAAAAUUCUCAUAAAGUCACGCUUUAAGAUCUUAUUUGACAACAAGAAGUGGAAAAACAUGUUUCUCCUACGUUUUUUUUUAGAUCUCUCCAGCAGAUGAUCAUGGUGACAUGUAUGUGCUCAGCUUCGACAUACGGCAAAAGCCGCCUGGAAACCUUCGAUGGGGUGUACACAUGUCUUCGGCUCCCUACGACAUGGCGGUGAUGACCGACAACUGCAAGAGGGUCAAAAAGAGCCCGCCCAUCGUCAAGAACGUCACGCUUGCCGACUCGACGAUUGCCGGCGCCGGCCUUGCAGGCAACGCCGUCGUCAUUUCUGGCGAUAACAGCGAGGUCAGUUUUUUUUUUCGAGUGGUGGUUACGAAGGCAUUGUUGACGUUUAAAUAAAUGCUAGAAUUUUUGGAUUUUAGGACACACUUUUCAAUUUUGUUCGGUGAUGUGAACAAUGUUUCUCACACAAUCCAGUUCAGAUGGAAAUAGGGAUAGUAUCAGAAAUAAAGUUAAACGAGGUCAAUCCGUGAAUCAAAGAGAUAAUAACAAUUCUUACACUAAUAUUUGAUAACAAGGAAACAUAUAUUUUUAUUUUACGAAAAACUUUCUCGAUUUCUUACCGAUGUUCUCUUGAACUUCUCGACAUUCCAAAAACUUGAAAAGACAAAAAAAAAACCACUUGACAAACUUCCGGCGUUAACAGGUCCUGGCGUGCGCGACGGUCAUUCUGCCAGGACAGGAGCUUAAGCACGCCUCAUUUCACGCGGAACCCAUCGAAGGUCACGUUCACAUCAUACCCGUCAAGAACAACACGGUGAGUGGGAAGAUUACGACGCAAACUAGAGUUUCUUUCGUUUUGAAGAUUCGUUUACUGCCGGAUCUCAAGUACAUGCGCAAGUAUGACGAUAUUGAGCCGAGCAAGGUGAUUAUGACGUGGGCUUUUGUGGAAAGCUGUGAAAAACCCAUCGAACAGUUUUCCGAUGGCAGCGAAAUCGGAGUCGAUUCUCGCGCCACAUUUGUUUACGGUUAGUUGACCAUGUUUUUAUUGUGGACGUAGAUUACUUUUCUGUAUCUACGAGAAAGAUAUUCUUAGUGUAAAGAUUCGGGAAAUGAAUAAGGCCUAAGUUAGAUCAUACCUUGAAAAAAGAAAAUUGCCAAUCAACGGAAAUUGCAGAUCUCCCAGCCAAUUACUCACUUCAAUCGCUGAUGCUUCUGCGCGCUGGUCAACCCUUUGCUUGUGCCUCAAUUCAAAACGUCGAGCCCAGGACUAUAAAAGCCUUAGGAGUGACCCUCACGCAGGUCUUUAAAAUUUUAAUUGGAAUAAUAAGUUUAUUGUAAUCAAACUCAUUUUUAAGCCAGAUAAAAGCUUAGUAUAGUGUGUGUACCACGACUUGGAAUUUCACCAAACGACAUUCCGCUGUGCCGCUGCGCGCCUUUGCGAACCUCGGUCGCGCUUUUAAUUUUUUUUUCUUUUAUCAAGGUACUCUACUUUCACGUGUUCGCACAGCAAUAACAAUAAAUUGAAAGAGUGACUUAUUUGAAAGUCGCUUCGCGAACGCACGCAGCGGAACAGCGGAAUGUCGUUCCGUGAAAUUUCAAAUCGUGGCACACAGACUAUAGUCGUCAUGAUAUUUAUUUUUGACUGGCUCCUCGUCAUCAAAAUCAUUCUGAAAUUAAGCCAUUUUUGUUGGUGUGUAUCAAACAAAUAUCCGUUUCUUCCGUUUUGAAGAUGCCAGUCAAAUUCAAAUCUCAUAUGAAAACAAAGGAAAACUUGUAAAAGUGAGAUUAAAACUUUUCAGGCUCAUUAUUUCGAAUCAGUUAGAACUAUCACCAACCCUGCACCUUCCGAACUUCAUGUCCGGUUGGUAUUUCCUGUGAUUUCAUUUUCAAACUGAACUAAUUUCAGAGACGAUUGCCUUGACAUUUCUACUGAAGUUAUCCACGAGAGCUACGAGGCUUAUUAUCCGUCGAUAAACAUUUUUGGAUCAGAAACAAUUAUGCUGAAGGUGAGAUAUAAUGUUUUUUUAGAGACAAAACAGUGCAGAAACAUUUUCCUGCUUGAAAAGCUUUGUUUCUUUAAAAUAAUAAAACGAAAAAAUCUUGAGGUUGCCGUUUCAAUUUUUCUGGUCAUUUCCAAAGAAUACUUUAAAAAAGAUGUUUCUCUUUUGUUUUCAAAUGUGAUCAAGGAAAAUGAUCAUACUGAGCUUAUAACUUCUUUUUUGUUUUUAUAUGCGAUGGGAAAACGGUUUAUUUUAACUAAAGUAAAACGAUAACUGGUUUUACUUGGUUCAGUUGAUGAAUGCUUUAUUCCGUUAGUUUAUAAAGUUUUCGAUUGAAUUUUCGGAAAGUAUUUGAAAUUUGAGAAAAUCUCACUCAAAUACAAUCAUUUUUUUGCAACACCUAUAGAAGGAACCGUUAAAAUUGAGAAAACUAUUAAGUUUUUCAGUCGCUUGUAGCGAAAGGAACGUGUAGCGUACUUCGGCCACAAUUCGCUCGUCCGGCCGCUUUCGCCAAUUUCGUUCACCCAAUUAUUGGCAGGUUGCUUGAAUACUCCAACGUUUUUCGACCAUCUCGUUUUUUUCUCUCUCAGAAUUGCCAUUGUGGACACCAGCGACAAGGUUUUGCUGACCGGCGAGUUGAGAAAUGUUUUCGAUGAAAUGGCGACCAGGGCUACUGUGCAGGUUAAUUGAAUAAAAAAAAUCAAUAUUUAUAAUGGUUGUUAUUUAAAAUUCUUCCAGUGAUAAAGGACACAAGUUGAGAAUUACUGUGAAAAAGAAAACUUUCCUGGAAGUCAGACAUUUCCUUCAGAAAGUCACAAAAUUUUUUUCAACUGCUAGAAUGCGGAGCAACUGCGACGUGUUCUGUUAUACCAUGAUUUUUUUCAUCCGAACGGAGAUGGCUCAUUUUGAAAUUUCAAAAAAAUUCUUAUUCAGAAACAUUUCGAAGCUAAUUCGAAAAACGUUUUCAUCUGAAAAAAAUGAAAGCCUUUUUACUUUUUUUCUUGAACAUUUUUUUGUUCUGUCAUUUUUUUGUUCUUACUUUGAGGUAUCCGAUAAAUUCGCGGAAACUACGGUCUGUUCACACGCGUCUUGUGACGACUGUUUCCUGGUGCAGGAUGCUGCAGUUGUUGUUGGAAAAAAUGAACCUGACGGUGAAUCAUUUACUUCUUUUCUUGUGAUUAACUUUUCAACGUUCAGUGUCCUUGAUGGGAGUGUUUCCCUGGUUUGAUAUCACACUGAUGCGGUCGGUUAUUGUAGACUUGCAAUGGAUGAAGGUUAGAAAUUUUUCAAAAAUACGAGAAAAAAAGUAUUUUUCUAAUGCAAAUUGAAGUUUUUGGUUGUUCUUCCUCAAAUUUGAAAUUCUCUUUGUCUGGAUUUCGCUGUAAGGCAUGAGCAUCCGCAAAGUUCCAAUUUGUAUUUAAAUUUAAAAAAAUAGCGCUGUGAAAUUAUGAUUUCGAAGAAUAAAUAUUACCUGAAGCAUCCGUUUUUUUAAGAAUAGGUAAAAAAACUACCGUUGGCUGAAUUCCAGAGAAUUUUUAAUUUAGAGUAUUUUUUGCCUAUUCUUAAAAACGGAUGCUUAAUAUAUAUUUUUCAAAAUCAUAACUUUACAUUUAUUGAGAAAGAAUGGGUUGCAAAUAGUUUUGAAGGUCAAUUAAUCAAUGAUCAUAUUUAUUUUUAGUCAUAAUUUUGAUCUAAUAGAAGGUGAACAAUUUUAAAACCAUAGCGACUGAAAAUUUUCACUUUUUUCAUUGAAAAGUACAUGGUUUGAUAUUUUCUGUGUUUUCGAGUUUUCGAUUCAUUGUUCAAAGUUCAGAUCUGCGCCAACCUCACUCAACUGCCUCAAGGAGCAAUUUCCAUGCACGCGUUGAUUAAAAGAAUAUCACCUGUCUCUGCGCCUACUGUCGCGUCAAUCGUCGCCCUAGAGUACCCUGCCAAUAACUAUACAGAAGUGAUCUCUAUCCAGUUUCCAGUCAUUCGACAGAUCGCUUUUGCAGGUUCUCAUAAACAAGCGUCAGAAGUUUUCUCAUACAGCCGCACACUUCCGUCCUCUUGAUAGAAGCGUCACCAACGGCCCUCCUUGCGGCGAACAAAAUCUUGGACCAACUAAAAACGUAGGAAUCCGAACAUUGAAUACACUAAUGUGCUCGAAUCUCGUUUCCAGGUGAACUGGAUAAACAGCAUUCGGACCAAGCUUGGCGGGAAGAAAAAAAUGAUUCUAGGCUGGUUUUUUUGCUUCAAUUAAAAAAAUUUUGAAGAUACAAAAAGUAUAAUUAUGAAUUGAAGGAAGCAUCUGGAAAAAAAUAAGAAGUUGAAAAAAAUUUGCCUUCUUGAUAGCUAAUUCAGAGAUUGAAAAAAAGUUGCAAAAAAAUCAACUUUUUAGUUCUCCUGGCUUUUUGACCAACAAGUAAUUAUUUUUGCUUUUGGUCGAUUAAGGAACUUUUAAAAAAAUCAAAGAUGCCUUUUUUUCACUAAAUUUAUAGCGCACAAAUUUCAAUUCUCGACACUUUUCGAGCUUUUUUCGCAUUUUGGUUAAGCUUUUUUUCUUGUUCAGAAACAUGCGAACUUUCCUCUUUUCACACACCUUUUAAAUUCAAUUUGCGAACUAAUGUAAACUUUUUUUAUUCAUAAAUUUAGGAAAAAACUUGUUACAGUGUCAUUGUGAACGAGAACCUGGUCACCGGACCUAAAAGCAUAAUGGGAACCUCGAUUCUGCUCAGUGAAGGAAAUGAGGUCUUCUGCGGACAUUUCGAGCCUCUCAGUGAGAGAAGUGUUGCUUUCGCGACGUUCACUGAGCCUUACGCUGGAUACAUCAAACUGGUUAUUCUGUUUAUUGGAACUUCCAUGGAAAGCAAAGUUCAGACUCAAUUCACUUCAACGAACUAUGAAAACCUUUUACCUACUGAAGUCUACUACUCGAUUCAACAGGCAAAUACGAACCAAAGAACGAUGCAUUCGGUUUGUCAUAUACGAUGUUCUUUAAAAAAAAGUCUCUAUGCCUCCCAAUUUUAGAAUACAUUUUUUUUAAAUCAGUCCUUCAUAACUUGCACCUGCGAAAACUUCUAGGGAACACAUCUUCGAAGUUUCGAUCUGCACUAAACCAACGCCGAAAACUAUCGGUUAUAUAAAUUAUCAUAUACGGUGGUAAUCUAGACCUUUGAAUAGUUUUUGAAAGAGUUUGCUAGAUUGAUAGAAAAUUCUAUCCUUUUGAGUAAAGGAUUGAAUUUUUCAAAACUAUGAUCAACUAUAAGUGUGUGACUUUGCAACAUUCAGGAGCCAGUCGAAUGGGAAGUCGUUAGUCAGCAAAACAUGACUUGCAGAACGGCCUUGGUUUUCAAUCCUUUUCAAGUGAACGUGAGUUGGGAGAAGUAUUUCAGAAAAAGAAAAAAGAACUGAUUCAUUCAAGGACACGGACUGUAUACCUGGAAAAAAUGAGCUUUGUCCCAUUGGAAGUACUUCAAAAAAAUCAGGAAAUCUGAUUUCGAACUCGAAAAACCAUGUCGUCACACCAAACCUACCUCUCAAUGGGCCAUAUUCGGGUGAUUUUUUUGCAAGAAAUGUCUCUUUAGUUGAGUUUGCAGUUGUGGGAAAGUCGAUAAGACUGAAGUCAACACGAAACCCUGCUCUGAUUUCAUGCGAACCUUUGAAAAAAGUUACUGAGGUCUGAACCAGCAGAAUUCGGUUUUUGAAAACAGUUUGGCAGGCGAGUUUUCGAUGGAUUGUGUCGAGUAACAUGUCCUUGUCUGCAAUACAAGCGGCCGUCGCAAAGAAGGCAAACAUCGAACUGUACAAGGUUGAUCUUUUUCUUGAUAAGAAGCCGAUGAAUAACUAAAUUCAGAUCGAAGUCGAUUACACUCGGGAGCUUUUCCAAGCUCGGUGUAGCAUCUAUCGAAUUACAAUUUUAGGUGAGGACAAUUCUAAAAUAUUUUUCCGCUCAUUCUGGGUCGCUGUCUGAGAAAGCUCUCAGUUUUUAAGAGCUCCAGCUACUUUGUUUUUCACGAUCAUCUCUUCAUAGAAGAGUCAAGAAAAAUAAUAAAAAAAAAUAAUAAAGAUUUGACAGUUUUUAAAAUUAAUUUGAAAGAAUUGCACCAAAGAAAAAAAAUCUUACAGAAGAAGACGAGAAACUUGCCAUGAUUCUCGAGCUGUUCGACAUGGAAGCACGAAAAUUCAAAGAUGACGAAGAUUUUUCUUGUGGCGGAGAUUCAAGGAAAAGUCCAGGUAGACCUGCUUCACCUCCAAACAACGUCACAUCACGGCAAUCUUCUUCUUUCUCUCUUUUUCAUGAAUUCCUCUUGCCACUGAUUUUAUUGUUAAUAUUUAAUGUCAGUUUAAUUAUUUGACCGCAGUUCUUUCAUUGAUACAACGUGUGACAAACCUUUGACGUGAGAACUUCAAUCUUAUUUUAUCGAUAUUAUCGACUAUUUCCAAUCCCAAGAAAGGUAAUUUAUUUUCGUUGUAUGAAUUUUCUCGAAAAUCGGGAAGAACAUUUUUUGAUCCACCAGUUAAAAAUCCUGAGAGUCCUAAACUCCUCGGUCUUUGUCACUUUGGACGAGCUUUUUUGUCUGAAACGACUGCUGAUUUUUGGGGGAAAAAAAGAGUUUUGAAAAGUCAAUCUUGUGUGGAUAGAGUCAUUCUAUCCCAACUUUUUGAAUGUUGUAAGAAUCACGACCAUCGUUUUGUUUUGUAGAAAUCCUGUCUUUUCGGUGAUUAUACGUGUACAUCAAAUGGAACCAAUGUAAUGUAUUUCAAAACGUGUAAAUAAGAGAUAUUUUCGUCAACUCCGGACGCGGGCAGAGUCACUUCCUUCCUGAAUGAGUUAAAGACUUGUCUGCUCCUUUGGCAUUGCCCAUAUCGCAACAUGCCACAUUUUCUCACCAUUUGUUACCGAUCGAAACAAAAUGUUCGGUUAUUUGAUACUCAUUUAUUCACGUUUUUUUUUUGCAUAAAAGUAUUUUAUUUUCAAUUUUAUAUAAUCGGAUGGCUCUUCAGGGCUGCACAGACUAAAAGACCAGAAGCUCAGAGUUCUUAUGAUGAUGUCGUGUAGGUGACAAUGAGAAUUAAAAAAAGAAAUGAUGAAAGCCUUGUUUUAUAUGAGUUGUACCGAAUUGACCAUUUCUCGACUUGAAAACCUCAAAAAAAGCUUUUUUAAAGCUCAGAAAAACGCUAUAGUUGCAUUCAGGGCAAAAAUGGUUUUUUACGGUCGAGGUUUCUUAAAUGAAGAAUCGCUUCGAGAGGUAAAUUCAAAAAUGAAUCUUCAAAUGUUAUCAAAGAGAUAAACGAAAAUUUCGAAAUAAGCAGGCGAGUCAUAUUUGAGUCACAUUCGUACAUUCCAGGCUCCGUACCUUUUUUUCGACGUGGAUGCCGUGGAAUUUUUGAGCAUCGGCAAGAUCCUUCUUCACCACAUCUGAUAACUUCUGCUUAUUCCAUUUUUCACGUUUUCUCCUGACUUUUUCCAAACAAAUUCACGUUAUACUUCUGUGAAUUCUUCGAAAAGUGUGGUAUUUUUUAAGAAAGUGCAGUUUCUUUAAUGAGUUAUUACCAUGGUGAUCGUUCAUUAGAACACAUUCUUUGCAUGAUUAAAUAUAAAGUUGAAAGAUCGGAGUGUCUUUUAUAGACUCCAGGUGGUUAUGUUGUCUCUUCGAACUUCAGAAAUGUCUGAAAGAUAAGAAAACUUGAACUAGAGAUGUAUUAUCAACUUGGUUAAGGUGACUAAGCUGAAUAAAAAAAUUCCAAGGCUUGAUUUCUAGAAUAUCGCGAAGGAAUCGGCUAUAAAAACACGUCAUUCAGACCCUUGAGAUCCAUUUGAACAUAUUAAAAGUGAAAAUUAACUCAUUUUUUUACGACAUUCUUCAUUUUGAAAAAUAAUUGUUAUGAGAAUAUUGUAGAGAAAUAUUCUUAUUACUUUUCACCUAACAGAAAAAACGGACAGAUUGCUUUAGAAAAAAAUGGGCUUCAAAAGCUCUUUGCGGUUCUUAUUCCCGAAACGUGCUAAAGUUCGAAAGCCGUAGUAACUCUUGUAAAUUGCACGUUUUGCUCGCCGUCAGUAAUGAUACAUAGCAAUUGGAGGAGAAACGCCUGAGGAAAUCGCAGAGUGACCAUCACAGGUGCUGCUGUCCACUUACGGCGCCUUCUCCAGCGGUUACUAAGUAACCACGUCUGCGACUUGGCUCGCUGCCUGCUUCAGUGGGGUCAUUGCUGGCUUAAAAUAGUGAAAUUAUAGCAGCUGGCCGAGCGCCAAGAUGGACCCAGGCGGGGCCCUCGCUUGGGCCUUGCUGCUGUUCGUCUGCUUGGACAGUGCUUCCGCGGAGAUUUGUUCAGGUGAGUUCAAUUAUAUCUUUUUAAAACUACUCUCUUGUUUUGCCGUUAAUUCCUACCCACCUUUUCUCGCUUGAGAUGUAGUUUUUCAUUUGUGGUGUGUUGCGAAAGAUCAAAAAUGGCUUCCGAAUGGCUUUUUGGCUUUUGAUAAGCGUUUUCUAAGGUUUGAAAGCGAUAUGUAGGGUUGAAUUUGAGAAUUUCUUCUGAGAUGUUGAACUUUUUUCCGUAGCAUUAAUUUUUUCAUUCAUAUGACAAUGGUAAAAUGGCUAUGUCAGCUAAAAUGUGGGAAAACGAAAACGUAAAACGUGUUGAUUUUCUUUCUUUUAAUCUCAAAACUGAUAAAAAUGUCUUAUAAAGGUCACUUGAGUAUCACGCUCAGGGAUUAGAACAAAGCCUAACGAAUUGGACGAAUGUGAACGUUCAAAACAAAAAAAAAUUGCGUCAAGAUUUAUCCAUUGAAAUUCUCGAACUGCCACAAAAAUGUCCUUUCUUUCAGGUGAAAAAAAUUUUCAGCUUUUCUCAGUUUUUACUUAAUAGGAGAGUGUUCACAAUCAUUUUUUAUGUUCUCGUUUAUUAUUCUGAUUUAGGCCUUCAGGCUUUGAAGUAUCUUUUAUCUUUUUGCAUUUUUUUAAUCAGAAUUUGCAAAAACCACAUGUUUUCAUGUUCAAAAACGUCUUUUUGUGCCAAUUAGUUUCUAAUCUCAGCCAACUUCCAGGCGAACGAACUCUGACGGCAACAAAAAUGAAGCAGUAUGUAACUACGCCAAAUUAUGACCAAAAUCAGAACUAUCCGCCGUCAAUGGAUUGCACCUUUAUAAUUAAAGCGCCGGACAAACAUCGAGUUCUCAUUGAAAUUGAAGACCUUCAAACAGAACCCAACAUUUUUUCUAACUGUCGGGAUUACGUUGCUUUUUUUGAAGGUUGGUUUUUUUUCUCGAUCUAUGUUUAUUUUUUGGAUCUUUACGCUUUUUGCCAUUUUUUUAUCAAUAGUUUAAUCGGGUGUUGAGAUAAACGCUCAAGUUUUUUUCAAUUUUACCGGUUUUUAAAAAAAUAUUGGUAUUUUUUUGAAACCGUCUGCUGAAACACUUUUUGCAAGGUUUCUGAAUAAUUUUUUUAAUGCUGUAUUAAGUUUCUGAAAUUGGUCUGUUCUAUAUAGUAUAAAACAGCAAAUUCUCUAAAACCGCGCAACUUUGAUAAAUUGUAGAUUUCUGUGCGAUCUCAAAACAUGCGAACUUCACUUUGGCACGCAAGCUUCGUAGACCCUCAACAGAUAAUAAAUAACUCAGUCAUCUGCAAAAAUUUUUCAUUUGAUCUGAUGAAAAAUGUUCUGUGUGAACAUUUCUGAAAGUUGUUACAGAGAUUUGACAAAGCUUUCUUUUUUUAAAUUCAAAAAAAUUUCUGACUAAGUAAGAAAUUUCAAUUUUCGGCAACUUCAUGAUAAAAAAAUAGCUGUUUAAAUGCAUGAUUUUUCAAAAAUUCUAGAAUGACUUCUGAUGCAUUGAUCAUGAGAAAAUAAGAAGUAUUCCUUUUUUUUAAACAAUGUUGAUUGUUUCUCAUAUUUUUUGAGAGUUGUACUAAGGAAACUCAGAGAGCAAAAAAAAAAUUGCUCUCCGUAGCUUCAGCAGGCUACUAAACGGCUUUAAAACGUUUGAAGAGUGCAACAAAAAAGACAUUCCAGAUACAAAACGCGUUUAGAAAAAAAUAGAGAGUUUGUUCGGUUUCGGAUCGCGUUUCGAUAUAGAAGAUGGAAACUUUAUGCAGUUUUAAUGGAUGAAAAUUUCUUCUAAAAUUCGUGUUUUGAGUGAAACCCCUUGCUUUCAAACUUUGAAAUUUGAAGAAUUGCAUUACAAGUUGAUAAUUCUUGCAAUUUUUCUUCAAAGAAAACCAGUUACUGCGAAUUUACACUGUUACCAAAAACGUUCUGUUCUGGACAUUUAUCCGGGUAGUCAUUAAUAUUUUUGAAAUCAAGCUUUUUUCAGGAGAUUCAUCUCGAAACGAAGAGCUUAUAGGAAUAUACUGUGCAAGUCUGAGUCAUAGACAAGCAAGUUAUUUUCGUACUUCUCAAUAUUGAAAAUAAUUAUUUGAGAUUGUUUCUCAAAACAACUUUCUGACCAUUCUUCUGAAAUCCGACGACACUUAUGAAUACCGAGGAGCUAAACUAAGCUAUCAACUGAUCGGUAACUUGAAAGCUUUUUUUGUUCGAAAUAUUUUUGCUUCUAGAGCCUGAUUCUUGCCCCGAAGGGUGGAACACAACCAAUUUUGGCUCUUGUAUACAGUACGUAUGGGAAGAAGAUCAGGAUUGGAUUUCCGCGCAGGUUGGAUUUUUUUGAGAUAAAAAAAUAUAGAAUUUUUUGUUCCGUAUUCAAAUAGAUUUUCUGCUUUAAAAUUCUUUUAAAAAAACUUUUUCAAAAAAACAUCGACCUUUCCCGACUUGAAAGGCGAGAUGGGUUGACUGGCAACGGCGAAGCGUUGCGUGUGCGACGCGACUUUUGAUGGGGAAUUCGAAGGCAAAAAAAUGGGCCUCCUUUUUUUGUCCAUUUUUGAAAGUUUCUCAUUUAACGAAAUUUUUUUGGGUUCUAAAAAGAUUCAGAAUGAAAGUAUGAACGUAUUGAAAAAAAUUUUUCCAAUACUUUUCAUUAUUACAUUUGCCUCGAGUUACCCGGCAAAAGCCGGUUCGCACACGCAACACUUCAUCCUUAUCAAUCAACCGAUUUCGCCUUUCGAGGCGAGAAUAAUUGACUACAUGUGAAUUUAAAAAAUAUCUUUUUUUGGAUGAGAAGACUUAUUUUCAAUUUCAGAAGAUAUGCAACGAACGAAAAGGCAAUUUGUUGAUGAUCGAAACAGAAGAAGAAUUUAGCCUGUUCCGAAGUGAAAUUUUGCAAAUUUUACUGUUUCAAAAACGUUUUCAGAAUGGUUUGAAAACGUGAAGCAAGAAAUUUGGAUCGGAUACACGGACGCAAAAGUAGAAGAUAAUUUUACAGGCGUGGAUGAGACUGCGAAUUCUCUGCAGCCAUUGUGAGUCAUCAAAUUUAAAUCUUUUCUUUGUCGACUAAAGUUUUGAACCGAGGGUUUUCAAUACUAGUUGGGUAUUUCGGAAAAUUUUCUGGAAGAACUUCGAAGCUUUUUUUAGCGCGGCAAACAAAAAAAUGAUGAUGCCGAACAAUGAUCAAAGCGACUGCGUGACGGUGAAAUACACAGAGCCAACGCCGUUUGCUGUUGAACCAUGCAAUUUGAAACUACCAUUCAUUUGUGAAAUGAAGCGAGGUGAGAACAGAAAAGACAAGAACUGACACAAUCUUGUUUCCAGAUUGGACAACCACGAUUUAUCCCCCAAAUGAAGAAACGAUCGAAGAAGGAUACAACUCAAGUUCUUCACAGUUCACUUUGUGGCUUCUCUUGUUUUUGAUCUUACUAUUGAUGAUUACAAUAACGGCUUUUCUCUGCUUCGGUUUACCGAUUAUUCAUCUCGAUUUCAAUUUUUCGUUCAGUUUGCUGGAAGCAGAGAGAAGGAGCGCGUGUUCAUGCAGCCGAGUCAGCACUGCCGCCUCCUAGAGAUUCAGAAGUUCUACCAAUCAGUCAUAGGUCAGAAAUCGUUCAACAUCUACGUGAGUUUGAAAUUAACAUAUCCGAAAAUUGUCGCAACUGUUUAGCAUCAACAAACGUAGUAGCACCUGCUCCUGCUCCUGUUCCUGUUCCUCCGAAACUUCCCGAAACCAUCAACCUUCCUCCAAAGCCGUUGUCAGAAUUUCGUACAAUAGAAAAUCAUCUUACCUCGCCGCGCCGAGUGACCACUCGUCCCACAAGUGAAAAUCGGAUAUCCGAAGAAGUAGACCUGCCUUCGGACGAUAGCAACGAAAAAACUGCGCCAGAGACGGUCCAAAAGACUCUGGAUGAAGAGCUGCCUCGAGGAGACGCUGACUACCAGAAGCUGGUCAGCCGACCUCAUCCAGCUCCUCGCUCUCUGCCUCCGUUGCCGAUACGGGAGUCUACUUUCCACAGCUUGAAUACGAGGUCAAAAUUAAUGACUUUUUCACUACAGCGUUACAAAAAUACUAUUUCGAGAGUGAAACUUGCCUAAACCGUACUUAGAGAUUCCUCGAACCUGAUUUCUUGUUAAUGAGUUCUAUCUGGAUACUGCUGAAGUACACAUUGAGAUUAGUUCUGAAAUAUCAAGCUUAGCUCUGGAAAAGGCAACAAACAUUUAUAACUCCAAUUUCAUCCUAUUUUUUUUUCUCAGUUCUCAAGUUUUCCAAUUUCAGAGACGAAAGUUUCCUGAAAACGCGUCGAACUCAAGAGCUUUUCGAAAGACCUCGAAUGGACGUUCUCGACAACGUCUCCGCCAUUUCCCUCGACGAGUUUUGGAGCAACGCCAAAAGCUGA